UUAGAAGCAAUUGAAAAUUUGGGAUUUGAUUACAUAGCUUCAGGACAUUAUGCACAUGUAGUCCAUCCACACGUUGAGAACGCUAAAGAACCAUCGGUGCUCCAACUUUUGAAAGACGAGAUCAAGGAUCAAACUUAUUUCCUCUCACAUCUCUCUCAGCCCCAGCUUAGAAGGCUUCUUUUUCCACUGGGGUGUAUAACAAAGGAUGAAGUUCGCAGUCUGGCUGUUCAGAUGGACCUUCCUAACCAAGCUAGAAAGGAUUCUCAGGGGAUAUGUUUUCUUGGAAAGGUCAAAUUCAGUGAGUUUGUUCAAAGACAUAUUGGAGAAAUGGAGGGUAUACUUCUUGAGGCUGAAACUGGAGAUUACCUAGGGAUGCACCGUGGGUUUUGGUUCUAUACGAUUGGUCAGCGACAAGGUUUGCGACUUUCUGGAGGACCUUGGUAUGUUGUGGAGAAAGAUGUGCAAAAUAAUGUGGUUUUUGUAUCAAGGAAUUACUAUUCACUGGAUAAGAGGAGGCGAACAUUUCGUGUUGGAUCGAUGAACUGGUUUAGCGAUUCUGGGCCAGCGAUUACCGCGCGCCGCCAUGAACGCCGCGACGAGGAAAUCUUUUAGUUACAUUACAUCGUUGGC